AUGCGCUCGGCUCCUCCGAGUGUCAGCGAGCAGCUAUGCGGCAGAACAGGAUGUCGGAUUAAGGAGUCUCCGGCGAAACCCGCGCUGAGGACACCACAGGACACCAACCACGCCGGGAACUUGGAUAUUGCCUCCCGUCUGGACGCCGCAGCAGCCUGUGAUAUGCCUAAGGAGGAGCUGGGGAUGAGUGAUAACAGCUAUGACUACUUAUCUGUGGAAGAGAAAGAGCGUUUGAUGUUUUUAGAAGAAACUAUUGGCUCGCUUGGCGCAGAGGCAGACAGCGGGGUCUCUACUGAUGAGACCGACUACGCGGAGCCCUCCAAGCUGCCCAGGACGUGGCCAAAGAGAGACUCCGCUCCUCGGGAUUUGGAGAACGGGGCUCCCCCUCCGAGUGCAGGCCAGCAGUGUGCAGCUGAGCAGAACAGUGGCAAGAGCAUCUCUGCCUUCUCCAGCUCAGCUCCAGCAGCAGGUCCAAGCCCAGGCUAUUACAGUCUUCCAAGGAGUGUCCCUGUAGCAAACGGAGCUUCUGACAGCAAAGCGACUGUCCGCACAGUGGAGGGCCCAGCACCAGGAGAUAAAUCUUCACAGGAGAUGGCCAAGGACAACAGGCUUGACCAAGCCAACACCAGAAGCCAGAUGAAGUCCCUCGGAUCUUUGAUUAUCCAGCCUCCAGAUCCCUUCCAGGAUGACCUGGUGAGCCAUGAGUGGUCACGAAAGAGUCGCUCAGAUGCCAAGAGGGAAACAGCCAAGGAGACCAAGACUUGGACUUCAUGGGUCCAACCAGAGAAACCCACAUUGGAAGAGACACCUCAGGAGCCCGAUGCCAAGCGUGGGCCACCAACUGCCCCCAAACCACGAAAAUUGCCACCAAAUAUUAUCCUGAAAACCAGCAAAAUCAGCUCAGUGCCGCUUGCCACGGAGCCCAGCCAGAAGGUAAAAGCACCACUUCCACCCUCAUCUGGAUCUCAGCCCAGCUCUGCCAGCGAUGUCACUGUUGAAAAGGUGAAUUCAGGGCACCUUGACCCCAAGGAGAGGGAGAAAGCUCGACGGGAGGCGUUGGAGAAGCUUGGACUGUCACAGGACAGGAGGGAGCCCAGCACCCACCUUCAACCUAUCCCACAUUGCCAGCCAAGAGAGAUGCCAUUCUCCGACUCCGGGGAGCCCGAGGCAAGCUGUGGGGCAGCAGAGAGGUUGGUGCCGGGUACCCGGCCCAUGACCUUCAAAUCCAACACCCUGGAGCGCUCCGGCGUGGGGCUGGGCAGCUACAUGGCCAACGCCAAGGAGCAGAAUGUCAAGACCAGCAGUUCCUUGGGCAAGAUGUCCUUCAUCGAGCGGCUUGCCCCGAGCUUCCUUAGGAACAGCCGCCCCCGGCCACCAUCUCUCGGGGCAGGGAGGGACUUGGCUGGUCUGAAGGAGCCCGGGCAGGCGGAGCAGGAGAAGAGCAAGCGGCGAUCCCACCCGCUGCAGAGCUUCACCAGGCCACCCCGCUCCUGUGUCAGCGUCAAGAUUUCCCCCAAGGGCGCGACCGACGAGAACCGCAGAGAGGCGCUGAAGAAGCUCGGUCUGCUGAAGGAAUAG